UUUGCUACAUAAACUAGUAAUCUGUGUUUGCUACGCUGCCGCCUGUUUGUUUAAGAUUUUUUCCUUUAUUGUAAAAUUUACGAUCUUAAAAUAGUUAAGUUGAGAAUAUUAUAUUACCCCUAAACCCUGAUAUUGAAAAUGGCUGGCCAAAACGUAAAUGUUUGCGACAUCGGCGACGACGUGAAGGAAGUUCUCAAAAAGUUUCGCUUCCAAAAACAUACUUCGAAUUCAGCUUUAAUAUUGAAGGUGAAUAGGGAGAAACAAACUUUAGAAGUGGACGAGGAGCUGGACAACAUUGAGCUGGAAGAACUGCAGGACAUACUGCCCUCUCACCAGCCCAGAUUCAUUGUUUACAGUUACAAAAUGGAGCACAGUGAUGGUAGGAUAUCAUUCCCUAUGUGCUUCAUAUUUUAUACACCAAGGGAUGCCCACAUGGAGUUGCAAGUCAUGUACGCCGGUACCCAACGAGCUUUGGCAGCAGCUGUUGGUGCUCCUAGACUUUUAGAAGUCCGAGAAAUUGAUGAGCUGACAGCAGACUGGCUAAAUGAGAAACUACAGAAGUAAAAAAUGGUAAAUGUAUUCAGGCAUAUAAAGACUUGUAUUAUUGUGAUUAGAUGAAUGUGUGUAUGUGAAAGAUGUUAGUUAGUUUAGGCCUCGUAUUUGUGAAGCUUUAAAAAAUAAACUCUCAGUCUUUUGUGUACAAUUUUAGAAAGAUUGAGCUUAUUGUGACAUGGAUAUAAUACAAGUUAAGUAUAAAAAUUUCUAUAUCCUUA